ACAAAAUUUGGCCAUUCACAAACUCCCUGGUUCGAAGUUUCUAUAAAUUCAAGUACUCAACUCGACGCUGUUGCUUAUUUAGAUACUUGAGCAAGUACAACUGCCAUGGAGGAAGCUGAAGCCGAGACGGAGGUGCCUACUUUCAGGGACAUUAGGCGCUAUUACUGCGAUUACUGUGGCAUCUGCAGGUCCAAAAAGUCCCUCAUUGCUUCUCACGUCCUCACCCACCACAAGGACGAGAGGGAUAUGGCCGAGGCUAAUGGAGAUGGCGAUUCAGAAGUUGAGAGAGGAAAGUCCAAUACUUGCCAGGAAUGUGGGCUUAGUUUCAAAAAACCUGCACAUCUCAAGCAACAUAUGCAGAGUCAUUCCCUCGAGAGACCAUAUGUUUGUUCAGUGGAUGAUUGUCAUUCCAGCUACAGAAGAAAAGACCACUUGACUCGCCAUCUAUUUCAUCACCAAGGAAAACUCUUUAAGUGUCCAAUUGAGAACUGCAAUAGUGAGUUUGCCUUCCAAGGUAACAUGACUAGGCAUGUCAGUGAACUUCAUGGUGAGGAUUGCCCUUCGGCCAAUGAUGGAUGUCAGAAGCAGCAUGUGUGCCAAGAAAAAGGUUGCGGAAAGGUGUUCAGAUUUGCUUCCCAGCUGCGGAAGCAUGAGGAUUCCCAUGUAAAGUUAGAUAGAGUGGAGGCAUUUUGUUCUGAACCAGGUUGUAUGAAACAAUUUCCUAAUGAGCAAUGCCUUAAAGCUCAUAUUCAGUCCUGCCACCAACAUAUUACCUGCGAGAUAUGUGGGACCAAACAGCUGAAAAAGAAUAUCAAAAGUCAUCUGCGCACACAUGAAGAGGGAGGUUCAAUGGAGAGAAUUAAAUGUGAUUAUGAGGGCUGUCUUCAGACGUUUACUAAAAAAUCGAAUCUCCGUCAACAUGUGAAGGCUGUUCACCUUGAAAACAAACCAUUUGUCUGUUGCUUUCCUGGUUGUGGCAAAAGAUUUGCCUACAAGCAUGUGAAAGACAACCAUGAAAAGAGUGGAUGCCAUGUCCAUGCACACGGGGACUUUGAAGAGGCUGAUGAAAAAUUCCGGUCCAGGCCAAGGGGAGGGCGUAAGAGGCAGUGCCCCACUGUAGAAAUGUUGGUUCGGAAAAGGGUGAGUCCUUCAAAACAAUCGGGGCAGGACACAGAGAGCUUCUGAGGUUGAUCUUUCAAGAGGAGGAUGAGACAAGGAGCAUUAUAGCAUGCUGAGUCUGACCGGGAAGUGGUCUUUAAUUAAAUUGUAGUGUCUGUAUUGCCCAGUAGUAGGAGAAAACAUGGUUUGCUACAAUGUACAGUUUUCUUUUUGAAAGGACAAUGUACAGUUUUCUUGUGGAGUUAGUAAUUCGACAUUCUGAAGAA